UGGAUGCUUAUAAGUUGAUUUACUUAUAGUCGAUGCAGUCAGGAGAUGAGGAAUCUGAUACAUCGGACACAGAUGCUUUUGAGACAGAGACAACAACCAAGUUUGUUCCAAGUGACGAGGAACCUGCCUCAGCAGACAUGACUGGAGAAACAAGCACACAAGAAGAUGACAUGCCUGACCUACUAAGUAAAGUGUCUUUGUCAGCGGAACUGUCCUCGCUAGAUUUCCUGGAGAAAAUCACAGAUGGUUUUUCGCAUGAACGAAUAGUUGGGAAGGACGGUCCUCAUGCAGUUGUUCAUAAAGCAUUUGUUUAUGAGGGCAACAUUUCAGGUCAAACAGUAGUAGCCGUGAAGAGGUUAAUUGGAGUAGAAAUUAAAGUUAGAAAGUUUGAGAUGGAGGCUAAACGGCUGUUGAAUCUAGAUCACAAGAACAUAGUAAAGCUCCUUGGCUACUGCCACGACGAAUCUAGAGGACAUAAGCUGGUACAGUUUAAAGGAAAACCACCGCAAGACUUUAAAGGAGCUGAACAACUGCUCUGCUAUGAAUAUAUGCACAAUGGAAGCCUCCGUGAGUAUCUUAUUGGACAAGAAUCUCGUGAAGUUGAUUGGCACAUGUGCUACAAAUUGAUCAAAGGGACAUGUGAAGGUUUACUUUACCUCCACGAGGAUUGUGGAGAUCGUCCAAUUGUUCAUUUGAAUCUAAACCCGUCAAAUAUACUGCUGGAUGAACACAACGAACCACGCAUCACGGGUUUUGAUUUUUCGAAGCUCAUUGGUGAAAAGAACACAAAAUCCGUAUUUUUUCAGAUGAAUGGACCAUUAGGUUACCUGCCACCGGACUUCCUGUAUUCAAAGGGUACUGACCUCAAAUAUCUAGCUACGGUGGACAUAUACAGCUUGGGUCUUAUAAUUUUAGAGAUCGCAGCACGUCAAGAGAUCAAGGGUGACCAUGGAAUAAUUAUUAAGACUGUCGAGACAAACUGGAGGCAAGAUUCACAAAUAGCAACGCUGUAUGGCUCACUAGAAGAUAAAUUUCGGGGGCAAGUAAAAAUGUGCAUUGAUAUUGGCCUACAUUGUGUAAAGUCAAAGCCUGAAAAAAGACCUACUGCUGGAGAGAUCAUACGAUGGCUUGACAAUGGGAGCAAACCGGUCCUAGGUCAAAGACCAGGAGUUGCCGAACCUCCACUCCGUGCUAAUGCCACCCCUGCAGAUGACCACAUACAAGAAAAGGAGAAACAGACGCCAUUGAGGAGACUUUUCAGGAGAAAGUAAUGCUCAAGUUACUGAAGGCAUUUGCGUGGCAGCUGCAAUGGCCAAAGUUUCUUCCAAAUGAUCAUUUGGAAGAAACUUUCGAGGUUACUCUGUUUUGCAGCUGCAACCUGCUCUUCGUGCUCUGUUUUGCAGCUGGCGUGAGUGGUGCGAACACCGGUUACUCUGUUUUGCCUUGAUGUUUUUGAGUUGUAACUUUCGAGGGGCAGUUUUUUGUGUAUAGUUCAUGCAAUGUGUAUAUAGUUUACGCGGGGCUGGAGAGACAUU